AUGGCUAGCAUAGCCAACAACAUUCAAAAAAUUGUUCGUCAUCAUAUUCCGUUGAUUCGGUUUAAAUAUGGCAAGAAUCAAUCCGGUGCAACGUCUCAUGGGCUACAAGAAAGUAAAACUAAUGUGAAUGUGACUCACAGCAUUGGUGCUCCAUCAAAAUCUAAAACUGGUCAUAAAUCCGAUCCUUUGGAAUUUUCUGAAACACCUAAAAAAUAUCGACGACGCCCAUUAACUCAAGAUGAAAUUGAUCUCGUUGCUGUUGGUGGAUUUAACUAG